AUGGCUUCAGGCAAUGGGAUGAGCGCAUGCUGCCUCAGCGGUAAGCUUCACGAAGGGAAACCGGUCGGACGUGAGGAGCAGCUUGGUGGACUCUCCGUCUAUGUCUCUGAGCCGAAAGGUGGCUCCAAAGCGAAGUCUUUGAUCUUCAUAACGGAUGGCACUCAUGCUGUUGCAGUCUUCGGCUGGGAAACACCGAACGUCAGACUUUUAGCCGAUGAAUACGCCAAGGCAGGCUUCUAUGUCUACGUGCCCGAUUUCCUGGAAGGUGAUAGCUUGGAUAUGAGUUUCCUAGACAACAUUGCACCAAGUCUAAAGACGCAAGAAGGUCAGGGUGUGACUGACAAAGCCGCCAAUACUGCCAUCGUGGGGACGACAUUAGCCACCUGGCUGCCAAAGCACACAGAAGGUAAGACGAAGCCAAUGGUGGAUGGUUUCGUCAACACCUUGCGUACAACGCCCGGAACCGACAAGCUCGGAGCCGUUGGCUUUUGCUGGGGUGCGAGAUAUGCCAUAUUGGAAGCCCAUGGCCAAAGCACGGAUGAGAAUGGAUCUGGCAUUGGAGGUGUGGACGCUGUUGUGGGAUACCACCCCAGCCUGGUGACCGUACCAGGGGAUUUUGAUCCUGUAAAGGUUCCGUUAUCCCUCGCUGUUGGUACAAAGGACAGCGUACUGGAUAACGACACAGUCGGGAAGAUUCAGGAUUUGUUGACGAAAAAGGCUGAUGUGCCGAAUGAAGUUCGAGUUUACGAAGAUCAAGUCCAUGGCUUUGCUUUACGAGGAGACUGGUCUAGCGACAAGGACAAGAAAGCCAUGGACGACUCGAUACAGCAAGGCGUUGAAUGGCUUCAGAAGUAUCUUUCAUAG